GUAUUUCCCGCGUGAAGCGCCCCUCGGCCCUAAGCGGCCAGGCGCACCCCUCCCGCCUCCGGGCUCCGCCUUCUGCGGGUGAAGCGUGCCUGACGCCCUCGCACAUGCUCCAUCCGUGUCACCGCGCGGAUCUAUCCCUGGCCGGCUGGGGUCCGCGGAGCAGAGCUCCGGGCAGGCCAGAUCGCCCACGAAGCAGCGGGAAAGCAGGACUUAGGAAACCUUGGCAAACAGCCCGACGUCGCCCUUUAACGCCGUCACGCCUGGGGCGGAGGCGGGACUUCCGGGAACGCGGAGGCACAACUUCCUGAGAGAAGCGGAAGAGGCUCUGAGGUCUGCGCCUCAGACCCAAGGAGUCCUGGGAUCGCCUAGGGGCCACCCAGAAAGGGCAGCUGGGGCCGGCCGGCUGCACUCGGGGUGUCGGAGCCUCGGGUCUGAGGGAUGAGGAGCUGCCAUGGCCAGCGACGGGGCCAGGAAGCAGUUCUGGAAGCGCAGCACCAGCAAGGUCCCGGGCAGCAUCCAGCAUGUGUACGGAGCCCAGCACCCCCCUUUUGACCCACUGUUACACGGCACCUUGCUCAAGUCUACACCCAAAGUGCCCACCACCCCGGUGAAGGCCAAGAGGGUCAGCACCUUCCAGGAGUUUGAGAGCAACACCAGUGAUGCAUGGGAUGCGGGGGAGGAUGACGAUGAGCUCCUGGCCAUGGCGGCCCAGAGCCUGAAUACCGAGGUGGUCAUGGAGACUGCCCACCGAGUGCUGCGCAACCACAGCCAGAGGCAGGGCCGGCCUGCCCCACAGGAGGUUCCUACACCCAAACCGGAGCUGCAGCCUGUGGCAGAGCCGCCCCCAGCCCUGACUGGUGACCUCCGGCUGGUGAAAUCGGUCAGCGAGAGUCACACGUCCUGUGCUGCAGAAAGCACCAGCGACCCGGUCCCUCUGCAGAGGUCCCAGUCUCUCCCACAUUCGGCCACCAUCACGCUGGGUGGGACGGCCGAUUCCAGCACCCCAGGCAGCUCCGCACUGAGUGAGAGAGAGGCCUCCCGGCUGGACAAGUUCAAGCAGCUGCUUGCCGAACCCAACACCGACCUUGAGGAGUUACGGAAGCUGAGCUGGUCCGGAAUCCCUAAGCCAGUUCGCCCAAUGACCUGGAAGCUUCUCUCAGGUUACCUUCCUGCCAAUGUUGACCGAAGGCCAGCCACUCUUGAGAGAAAACAGAAAGAAUAUUUUGCUUUUAUUGAGCAUUAUUAUGAUUCUAGGAAUGACGAAGUUCACCAAGACACAUACAGACAGAUCCACAUAGACAUACCUCGGAUGAGCCCUGAAGCAUUAAUACUGCAGCCUAAAGUGACGGAGAUUUUUGAAAGGAUCCUGUUUAUAUGGGCAAUCCGUCAUCCUGCCAGUGGAUACGUUCAGGGGAUAAAUGACCUGGUCACUCCUUUCUUUGUGGUCUUCAUUUGUGAAUACAUAGAGGAGGACGACGUGGCCACGCUCGACAUCUCCCGCGUGCCCGCAGAGGUGCUGCGCAACGUUGAGGCCGACACCUACUGGUGCAUGAGCAAGCUGCUGGAUGGCAUCCAGGACAACUACACUUUUGCCCAACCUGGAAUUCAAAUGAAAGUGAAGAUGUUGGAGGAACUGGUGAGCCGGAUUGAUGAACCUGUGCACCAGCACCUGGACCAGCACGAGGUGCGCUACCUGCAGUUUGCCUUUCGCUGGAUGAACAACCUGCUGAUGCGAGAGCUGCCGCUGCACUGCACUGUCCGCCUGUGGGACACCUACCAGUCGGAACCCGAGGGCUUUUCUCAUUUCCACCUGUACGUGUGUGCAGCUUUCCUCGUGAGAUGGAGGAAAGAAAUUCUAGAAGAAAGAGAUUUUCAAGAGCUGCUCCUCUUCCUCCAGAACCUGCCCACUGCCUGCUGGGGUGACGAGGACAUCAGCCUGCUGCUGGCUGAGGCCUAUCGCCUCAAGUUUGCCUUCGCGGAUGCCCCCAAUCACUACAAGAAGUGAGCUGGGGCCUUGCUGUUGUGACAUCACCCUCCCCACCGGCCAGCUGCAGAACUGUCUGAGCUGGUCCCAGCCAUGCACCACCUUGUGGCUGCCCCACCCUGCAGCCACUUGCCAGGGUGAGCCUGGCGUGGUCCAGGGCUGGUGGGAAUGGAGGGGCCUCCGUUUUCUGAGAUACCAAAGAGAGCCAGGGGCAGAUCCCGGUUUUGGGGGCCAGAUAUGGGUCAGGAGGCCCCCACCCUGUCCCUGCAGUAUCCUUGCCAAAUGCCCACCCUAGACCCCUGGGCUGAGGCAGCCAAGAGGUAGCCCCCACCCCCCACCCAGUGGCCUGUUGUCCAGGUGCCAGGUAGUGUGACAGUGGCCACCUGAGACCUACUCAAGAAAGCAGACUCCUCUGUUUAGUGAAAGAAUAAAGUGCAGACUAAACGCUGGGAGAUGCUGUGCAGUAAGUGGGGGUCUCUGCGCAGAGCCUCGGGCAGCCAGCAGGGUCUGGGCCAGGGCCCUGCAUGCAGAGCUGAUUUCUUUCUUGGCCAGAACUCUACUGGAAGCUGACCUUGGAUGCAUCUGGGAAGCUGGGGACAGGAGGCCGGUGGCAGAGUGAGGCCACUCACAAUUGCCUUACCUUCUAUUUCGCUCCUUUAAAAGAGAGCUCCCGGACCACUGCCUGCCCUUAGUGGUCCCAGUCACAUAACCCUCCAUGGGUCAGAGCUAUUCUUAAUGGGGCCGGGGUUGUGCCAUGGACACAGAGUGACCCAGUUGAACUCUUCCUGCCACUGCCCAUGGUGCCAGGUCCCCAGAGCUCUGCACAGAUGGAUGUCCUGUCCAGUCUCCCCCACCCACGUCCUCCCAGGGUGUCAUGGCUGUGUGAGCCUCAGUGACAUAGGUACUGCUGCGCCAUAAGGGAGCUGUCAGACACAGGCUUUGUGGCCCUUGGCCAGGCAGCCUCCUGUCCUCAGCAGCCUGCUUUGACAGCUGUGAGACUCCAUCCCUCCUUGAGAAGCAGCUCUGUCCCUGCCCAGGCACCAGGAGACUUCCCAGAGGCCAGGGACCACAGAUACGUGCAAUGUGUGUGUUCUUGCUUCCAUUAAAGUGGUCUCUGGUCAUUACACAUGGCAGGAAGUUGGCACAGCAUUCUGUGCAAAUGUCCUGUGCUCCAGGAGAUCACACCCCACCCCGUUCAGGGUUCCUUCCAGAGUAACUCCAGGUAUACGGAAGCCGCUCGCCCCAUCUUCCUAGGAUCAACCCUGGAAACCGCUCUGCUAGGAUGUGCACAUCUCUGUACUACUGGAGGUUGGAGAUACAGCAGGCCUGCUUCUAGUGGUAGUUUAUUUCAGGGAAAGGCCUCACGAGCUUAAAUUAAGCCUGGUGUGUAUUUCAUGUGUGCAUAUGCCAGAUUGGGCAUGAGGGACCCUGGCGAUAUGAGCAGGUGACUGGGGUAUGUGUGAAAAGAUGAAAUAAACAUGCAACGACACAGUCUGUGCCUUAGCCUGAGAUUGGAGAAUGUCAUGCAGUGCCCUCCCAACCCUGUAUCAACUGCUGACUAUGGUCUUGGUGACAUCCUGGGACCUGGGGGUGGUGGGAAAAUGCAUCUGUGCAGGUGGCAUGGAAAGCCACUUGCGCAGUGUUGAGGCAGGACUCGAUCUCCCAAAGCCCAGGCUGCACUGCUGGAGUCGGGAGCCGGUGCAGUGAGCACUGGGGACCUGCCAGCCCCCUUGGUUUCCUCUGCCUUUCUCUGAACAAGGGGCGUCACCCCUUACCACAUCUCUCAGCAUCUGCAUCCUAAAAGGCCUUUGCUGGGGAGGCCCCAGGGCUCGGGAUGCCCUCACCCCAAGGUUCAGGACAUGCUCACCCCACCUGUAUCCCCAGGUACCCUCAACACAUAGCCUGACAGCCCUCCGCCCACCCUGCAUCACUGAAACAGCCUUACCCAGUCCCCGGCUCAGGGAGCUUUGGUGGCACUCACACCUCUCUCGUGCCCCGUGCCUGCACCCACGCACUUGGGACCUUUCCAUGGCAGCCCUGGCUUUCCCAGCCUGGUGUGGUCCUGUCCCAGUGGGUGGGCUGGUGACCCCCCAUGUGGAACCUGCUCACUCUCCUUUCCCCCGUGCCUGAGUGGGGAGCUGAGCCGGGGAGAGCAGUACGAGCCGACCUCACUGAUGCACACUGGAGUUUGAACGGUGGGGAUUAGCAGUCCCUCCCUGCAGCCACCAGGGGUGAGACUAGGCUGUCACUUGCCAUUGUGGUCUGCUGCUUGAGCCCAGCUUGAGGACCUCACUCUGUGCAGAGGUGCCUCCACCCCAGGGGCCCAGAGAUGGACACCUCACCGCCUCUAUCAGUCAGUGCUCACUAGAGGAACAGAUUUAAUAUAAGACUAUAUAUAAGGAUUUACACGAUGAGCUUACACUGGCUGCCCGCAGUUGGCUGUGGAAGGGUUCAGAAGGGCUGUCCUUGUGCUGGAGAUCGGAAGGAUCUAGUCAAAGAUCGGAGGCCUGGAGCUCGCUGUAAUGUCCUAUGCGAAUCCAUAUCAGGAGGCUGGAUGGUCUGUGCUAAAGGCUGAAGGUCUGCCCUGGAAGCCAGGAGAUGACAUCCAAGGUGAAGGUGAAGACUGGAGCGCCUCCAAGGAAAUGGAAGCAGCCUUCUUUGUUCCCCUUUUAUUCCAUUCGGGCUACAAGCUUAUUGGUGCCACUCACACCCAGGGUGGGUCUUCUCUUUUCAAUAAAUCCCUUCAUCCACUCCCAGAACUAUGCUAAUUCAGUUAUUGGGGCAUUUUUUCCUUGGGUUGACACAGUUAACUAUCACACCACC